UCAUCAUCAUACAAAUGUGACAUGAGAAUCUAUUUGUGUCUUGUUUUCCACUGUGUGAAUUCAAUAUAUUAAUUACAACAAUGGCUACAAUAGAAUCAAAUGAAAAUCAUUCAUCAUCGAAUUGUAUUCAAGAAGACCAAUUACAAAUGAGUGGGGAUGAUGAUGAUAAAUCGAAUAAAUAUAAACCAUCAUGGUUAAUAUAUAUGGCAACUUUUGGUGCACAAUUAUUAUCAUUAUCAUUUGGUAUGACAAUGGGUUGGACAUCGAUUGCCAAUGAAGAAUUGGAUUCAAAUUUUAAUAUUACUAAUCCGAAUGAUCAUUGGAAAACACCAGUAAUUCCAAAUGAAAUGGAAAAACAAUUAAUUGCAUCAAUAUGGACUAUUGGAUCAGUAUUUGGUGGUUUUACUAGUGGAUAUUUAAUCGAUAAAUUUGGCCGAAAAAAAGUAUUGAUUGCAUUGGGUAUACCAUUUACAUUAGCUUGGUUGAUGAUUGGUCUGGCACAAUCAUCAUUGAUGAUUAUUAUUGGUCGUAUUAUUAAUGGUUUUGGUGUUGGUAUUUCAAUGGCAACCAUACCACGUUAUUUAGCAGAAAUUUGUACACCAAAAAUUCGUGGCUACAUUGGCAUGACUGUUGGUUAUUUUGCUUGUUUAGGAAUGUUUAUGGUCAAUAUUUUCAAUGUUUUAAAUUUUCAUUGGAAUCAUUUAGGAUUUUUAGCAAUAAUAUUAAUGAUGAUUAUAAUGUUUUUUAUGCCUGAAUCACCAAUAUGGUGUAUUAAUUUUAUUUCGGAUAAAGAUAAAGCUAUACGAGAAGCGGAAAAAAAUUUAAAACGAUUUCGUUCGAACGAUAGUGAUUUACAACAAGAAAUUAAUGAUAUUAUUGAAAUGAAAAAUACAUCGGAUAAAACAAAUGAAACUAACCAUUUGGAUGGUAGCCUAAUACGAUCAAUACGACGAAAAGAUAUUUAUAAACCAUUUUUUAUUUCAAUGUUAUUGAUGACAUUUCAACAAUUUUGUGGUGCAAGUAUUGUUAUUUAUUCGAUGAAUGAUAUUUUUCGUACAUCUGGUUCAACAUUAUCAUCAAAACAAUCUAGUUCAGUAACGAAUGGUAUUAUGUUAGUAAUGGUUAUUAUUGGUAGUUUUUUAAUUGAUCGUUUUGGACGAAGAAUAUUAAUAAUGAUUUCUGGUGCAGCACAAGCAUUAAGUAUUGGUAUAUUAGGUAUUUAUUAUUAUCAACAUAUAUCAGAUAUUCAACAAUCAUCAUCAUUAUUACCAAUUAUUUGUGUAUCAAUAUUUGUAAGUGGUUAUUCACUUGGUAUGGGUGGAAUUUGUUGGUUAAUAAUUGCUGAAAUUACACCACCACAAGCUGUUUAAUUAGUAAUGUCAAUUAGUUCAGUAUAUUCGGGUAUCGGUACAUUUAUUAUGAUUGUAUCGACAAAAUCAUUUUUUCAUAUUUUAAAAGAAUAUGGUACAUAUUGGUUAUUUACCGUUAUCAAUAUUAUUAUUAUAAUAUUUGGUUAUUUUUUACCCGAAACAAAAGGUCGAACAAUCGAUGAAAUAAGUAAAAUUUUUAAAUAUAAUUGAUUAAAAACCAAAAAACCAAAACCAAAAAAAAAAUAUUCUGAAAAAUUCUAUUGCACAGAAUCGAAUCGAAUCGAAUUUUUUUUUUUUACAAAAUUUCAAAAAGGAAAUCAGCGCCAUCUAGGAUUCAAAACAUUUUGAACGAAUAAAAUAAACAAAAACCUUGAUCAAAAAAAAAAAAAAAAAA